ACCGGUCCCCACUUCCGGUUCCUCCAGGCCUGAGGACUUGGGAGGGAGGAGAGGGCCGGACUUGAGGAAUGCCCGGAUGUGGAGGCGCGCCGAGCCCGGAAUUCCGGAUCCCUUCACCUCGCCGCCCGCCGGCAGCUCGCCGAGGCGGCUCGCAGCCUGGUCUGAGUGACGGAUCCGAAGAUCACGCCCCUCCUCUUCCUCAGCGUCCCACCGUCCGUCACAGCGCCAUCUCUCGGUUGGCGAAAACUUAAAAGUAAUCCAUUCUGGAGCCAGAAACAGAGUCUUACCCCUUCCUUUAAACCUUGCACGUUCCCUCCGCCCAGUCUACCAAGAACCCAGGAAACGGACUUUUCCGGCCGUCCCUGCGGCUCACGCCGCUCGGGAGGACCAAGACUCUAUGGUUAGUGGUAACGAAGGGCCCUCUCUCUCGGCGCCUGCGCAGUGGGCGGCGGGUCCGCAUGCGCGCUGGGUUGAGCGAAGCGCACGCUGAGGAGGUUCGGCGUCCGGUGCUGGUGUACCGAAGUCUCUCCGUCGGCAUUAGGGAGCACGGCGUGGGACCCCGGUCCGGGAUUGACACACACAGCGCAGAAUGCCGGGUCUAAGUUGUAGAUUUUAUCAACACAAGUUCCCUGAGGUGGAAGAUGUAGUGAUGGUGAAUGUAAGAUCCAUUGCUGAAAUGGGAGCUUACGUCAGCUUGUUGGAAUACAAUAACAUUGAAGGCAUGAUUCUUCUUAGUGAAUUGUCCAGAAGACGUAUCCGUUCUAUAAACAAACUGAUCCGCAUUGGCAGAAAUGAGUGUGUAGUUGUCAUUAGAGUGGACAAAGAAAAGGGAUAUAUUGAUUUGUCAAAAAGAAGAGUUUCUCCAGAGGAAGCAAUCAAAUGUGAAGACAAAUUCACAAAAUCCAAAACUGUUUAUAGCAUUCUUCGCCAUGUUGCUGAAGUACUAGAAUAUACCAAGGAUGAGCAACUGGAAAGCCUGUUCCAGAGGACUGCCUGGGUCUUUGAUGACAAGUACAAGAAACCUGGAUAUGGUGCUUACGAUGCCUUUAAGCAUGCAGUCUCAGAUCCAUCUAUCUUGGAUAGUUUAGAUUUGAAUGAAAAUGAACGAGAAGUACUCAUUAACAAUAUCAAUAGGCGUUUGACCCCACAAGCUGUCAAAAUUCGAGCAGAUAUUGAAGUAGCUUGCUAUGGUUAUGAGGGAAUUGAUGCUGUAAAAGAAGCCCUGAGAGCAGGUUUGAAUUGUUCUACAGAAACCAUGCCCAUCAAGAUUAACCUCAUAGCUCCACCCCGGUAUGUGAUGACGACGACGACCCUGGAGAGAACAGAAGGCCUCUCUGUUCUCAAUCAGGCUAUGGCAGUCAUCAAAGAGAAGAUCGAGGAGAAAAGGGGUGUGUUCAAUGUGCAGAUGAAGCCCAAAGUGGUCACAGAUACAGAUGAGACUGAACUUGCAAGGCAGCUGGAACGGCUUGAGAGAGAAAAUGCAGAAGUAGAUGGAGAUGAUGAUGCAGAAGAAAUGGAGGCCAAAGCUGAAGACUAACCUUGUGGAAAUCAGUCCAAUUUAAGGAAUACGAUGCAGCCUUCCUGGCUGUAAACCCUAGACUUGAAAGUUUUCCAGUAUUGAAAACUUCAAAGCCGAAUAUUUUUAUUUCCAAGUAUUUAAGUAUUCAACACAAGAAUCUAAAUGCCCUCCCUCAUGUCAGCUGUUUUCACGUAGAUGCUCUAACACCUCACGCAUUUUUAAGGGAGUGGCUUGAUUUGACCGGAGGCAGAUCUUAAAGAGCAGUCCUAAAAUGGGGCUUUCGGUUUCCAUUUCUGAUGUCUCUGGAUUGGCACUCUUAUGGUUCAGUGCCUCCGUGAGAUUUACCAGGGGCACCCAACAUAAACAGUCCAAACUUUCUAUAUAAAAUGUAUUCAAGAAAAUUCAAAUAAAUUUCUGGGAUAUUUAA